AUGUGGACGCUUACCUUUGAUUCUCCCACUUGUCACCAAAUUAAAAUUGAAUCUUCAGAAUCUCUUGACCGAUGUGGAAAAAUCCUAGAGUUAAAGAAACUUGGAAGAUCAGGGGGCUCAACUCUCAACCGUAAUAUAACUGAUUAUCCUAAGGACAAGUACAUAUACGAAACGGUACUUGCACUUUCGAACAAUCGGAUUUCUCUCUGCGCUCAAGAAGUCACUGAUCAGGCUGAUCUCACUUCCGUUCAUAAAGAUUCAACUUUGGAGCACGCUGAAGAAACAUUGGCAAAUUGUUCUCUCACUGACUUGGCAUCCCUAUUAGAUUACCUUCUUAGAGUAACUCCCCCUUCUAUAGAUAUGAGAAAUUAUACACAGGAUCAAGAAGAUAUACUGCUUAGUCAGGAAGAAAAUGCUCUCGUCGACCGAGCAAUAACUGCUUUAUCUGGGCUUAUUUGGCAAAUAGCCCAACAAAGUAGGUUUAAGCUCUCAAACCUCUCAUCUUGCACUUAA